GAAAUCUUGCAUCGGAUUGGUGGAAGAGUCACCUGACUCGACUCCAGCAGCUGGGUAAACAUGGCGUCAGUCUCACGGUGUGAUGAUUAUGUCGCUCCUGCCUGCUAGCGGUGUGAUUUCUGGGCGCAUCUGUGGAUCAAACAAGGCAACGUGAUGGUAAUGAAGACAUGAAGAGAAGACGGAGAGAAGAGCUGCUUUUCAUUGUCUCGUUCAAUGCAUGAAAGAUUUGAUGCUGGCCGGAUGCUGGAAUUGACGCUAUAUAAUUGCUUUUGUUAGCAGGACGCCGACCUGCGUGCGUGUGGUGUACUGUAUUAAAAUCGAGCAUCUUAUGGUGUGGACUGGAUCACCCGAUGCCACAAUUCAACACUGGCAUCAAAUUUCCACAUAUUCUGUAAUUAUUGGUGGACGUUGAGAAUACAAUGAUCAUUGUGACUUCACUUUAUCUGCCUUUCAGCUCUGCUCCCUGCCAGCGUGUUCAUAAUUGAUAGAUGAGCUGCACAGUGUGGUCUCUAAUGCCUUGCUCCGCAAAAGCACUAUGAUAGGUUCACCUGACGUGGUGGCUUUCACAAAAGAGGCUGAUGAUGGUCAGAUCACUCCUGACCCAUGGGCCAUUCCAGAGGAGUUCUCCAUUCCCCUCCAUCCUCCGGCUGACUCCAAUCCUUGGGCCAAAACCUCCUACGCCAAGUUCACCAAAGACUUCAUCCUCAUUUCAGAGUUCUCUGAGCAGGUGGGCCCUCAGCCUCUCCUCACCAUUCCCGAUGACCCCAAAGUCUGUGGCACUUUUGAUCUCAACUACUUCUCCCUGCGCAUCAUGUCAGUUGACUACCAGGCCUCCUUUGUUGGGCAUCCGCCUGGCAGCGGAUACCCUCGGCUCAGUUUUGUGGAGGACUCAAGGGUUGUACUGGGUGACUCUAAAGAGGGCGCGUUUGCCUACGUCCAUCACCUUACACUGUAUGACCUGGAGGCAAGGGGCUUUGUGCGGCCAUUCUGUAUGGCAUACGUUUCAGUAGAUGAAAGGAAGAUCAUGUUGCAGUUUCAGGAGCUGUCUGUCCGCUUCUCAAAGGCCUCGGAGUGCUUGAAGGCUGGGAACCGGAGAGCUUUUGCCAAAGAACUUCAGCGGAAGCUUCGAGACCUAGAGUACACUCACUCUGUUCUGCAGAGGGAAGAGGGCCUGCGGAGAGAGGCGGGACCACAGUGCAUGUACUCCGCUCAUGCUGUGGAAAAGGCAAAUGAGCUCGCCAAUGUGGAGAAGAGCAUAUACGAACACAGAGACCUUCUAAGACAGAUCAGCUCAUACCCCCAUCGUCCCCGCCGGGACCCUCAAGCUGUUGCAUGUCAGAAGUGUAUGAGAGAGUGUGAAGAGCUCUUUGGCAAGUAUUCCAAGCUAGCUAACCCCUUGAGUUGCACCGAUGGAGGGGACAAGGAAGGGAAUGAUGUUCAGGGACGUAACGGUCAUGGAAGCGAAAGGGAGGUGGGUGAAGAAGAAUAUGAGCAUGUUAAACGCAGGCCGUCCUACACGCCACAGUUGAUCAAAGCCAAGUCUGCAAAGUGUUUCGACAAGCGCCUUAAGACCCUCCAAGAGCUGUGUGACAACAGGUUCUACGAGGCCACUGUGGAGCUCCUGAAGGAGACGGAAAGUAGUUUCCGUGGUGACCUGUGCUACCUGCACACCCGACGCUUGGACCUAGCCCUGCGGAAGAAGCUGAGAGUUAUUAACUUCCUGUUUGAAGAGGAACUCUGUGAAGACGACUAUGAUGAUCUUGAUGGAAAGGCAACAUUAAGACCAUUUUGUGCUGUGAACCACGCUGUAGAUGACUCCAGACUUAUGAAUCCAGUACCUAUCGUACUUGGACCAGAACAUCCAAAGCCUUUUGACGCUGCCUCUGAGACUAGCCAUACUCGAGACCUCAAGCUUGAAGACAACAAUCUCAAGAGCUCUUAUUUUGACCAGAAAUUGGAUGCCCAGAAGUGCUCAGAGAAACCUAAUGGAAACUGUAGCAACCAAGCAAGUCCAAAGCCAGACGUUCUGGAUCAUGAGUCUAACUUGACCCCAGACUGCAUCCACAACACUGAUCUGAAUGGUAAGAGCAACAGUGAAUGGGUGGAGGACGCUAUUGAUGAAGACAGGAAACCCAAGACUUUGCUAGAAGAAUCUACCAGAGACGUAGGAUGCGAGAAGGGCUCUAAGUUGGUUCCAAUGGAUGCUGCAUGCUGUAUGACUCAUGAAGGUUUUCUCGAUAAUCCACCUGAUGUGGCGCCCCAUCUCGCUGUCCACCUGCAGAAUGCUCAAAUCCUGGUGGUCAACCAGGAGCCCCAGGCCCUACUUCCACUCCAUGAUGACUAUGCUGUGGGAUGCCCAUUCUCAGAGAACCACACAGCUGGACUCCUAGGAGAUGCAGUUUCCCAUACCUCGGCCGAGGAUGGGUCUGAUUGUACUAUGAGUACAUCUACUGGUUCUGAUUGGACUGCCUCCCCUCUCAGCAAUGAGGGGAAGCUGACCCUGCGUCAGAAGAAGAAGGCCGGACAAGGGGCCUUGAGGUUCGUGCGACAGUAUCCUUUUGCUAUGCAGGCUCUCUGGUGUUUGCUGAGUGGCAGGACGCUGGUGGUGCUUGGGGCCGAUGAGGCGAGAGUUCGUCGGCUGGUUUCAGCACUGGCCCUAUUUGUACCAGCUCCAGGGAAGUGUGGAGAGCGAGUACAAGCUUGGCUGUGCUGCCCUUUCACCCUUACUGACCUGUACAGGUGGAAACUUAUUGGAUUGCAAAGAGUGGCGUCUCCUGUGGGUUCCAGCAUGCUGUACUCACUGUCCCGCUACAGCCGCUAUAUCUCCAUUCUGGAUGCCGACCAGAAGACAUUGCGCUCUCCACCUUAUCGUGGCGAACUGCUCGCCAACAUGGCUGAUCACCGCACCUACGUCCGCCGUGGCUCCACAUACUUCCUUCACGUGCAGAGUAUACUGUGCCGUUUGGUGGCCAAGGCCUUUCUGUUCACCUUCACCCACCAUCUCCAUCUGCCAGUCAACAUAACCGAGGGCCCGGAUGGCGUGGAGGCCCGACGCCGCUGCUUCCUCCAGGAGCAAUUGGGGCUGGGAGAGGACGACAGCCAGAUAGUGCUCUACCUCAGCCAGCUGAUCACUCAACACUACCUGCACACUUCUGUCGGCCACAGUGCAGCAGCAGCGCCUUUUAAUUUUAACUACACCACCAGCGUUUUAUACAAAAUCUGAUCUUUUACAGAGAGACCCCACUCUUUUGGUUUUUAAUGGACUAAAGAUGGUCUUGAUCUUGAAGAUGAUCAUUUUAAUUUAAGAUCAAACUGCACUGGUUUUAUUGUAUUAUCUCUGCAUAUCUGCCUUGUUCUCUGGUCAAAUGUGUGUGUAGGAAAAAGGCAACUUGUGAAUGUCAGUAAGUGGUUCAGUUGUGAAAGCAUGUUGACUCAAACAUGCACACAUACUGUAAUCCUGACGUGACAGAGAAAUGGUGAAUAUUUGCAUAUUACUGGGUUUAUGUUGUGGGAUCAGUCCCUGCUCAACCACACGUGUACAGUAUCUUUAUAUUUUUUUAAUUACAGUAAAUUAACACUUGACACUGCUGUUCAUGUACAGAAAUAGCUUAUUUGUUCUCAGACAAACUUGCAUUGUGAUGAUAUUCUGUCCAUGAAACUUCAUGAGCACCAUGCAAAUUUGUUCCGCCUUUGUCAACUAACGCAUUCUCGCUGAUGAUUUUUCAACCACACUCUCUGUUUGUUUGAAUCAUGUAGUGGGCAUGAGUUCUUUUACCCACAUUCCUGUAGUAAAAUUGUAUUGUCCUUGUUUUUCCAAAUGGACAUGCAAAAGUGGACUUUUAACAGUCAAUUUUACUCUUGAGAACAUGAAGUAAAGAGGCUGUUUCAGCCUUGUUAAAUUUUAUCCAGUUGUCCUCCCAUGAUAGUGCAUGACCUAAGAAAUAUGUUGUCAAACAAAUACUUUCUGUUGAGGGGUGCACAACAGCAACAAAAAAAACCUGCUGAUGCGAUCAGCUGUUGUGGAUGUUCGUGGGAUUUGACUCAGUCAGGAAAACUUUAAAGCUAUUUAACCUUAAUGUAUUGAAUUUCACUGUUGUCUUAAAGGUGUGAGAUUGUUGUGGUGUCAGCAUGAGACUGUCUUGUACCACAGUGAAUUAUUAUAUUGGUAAUGUUUCUGCUUUAUCAUGGGUGAAAUAAUUGUUACAGACAGGAUGCUUGAGUUUGGUUUGGGUGAAGAAGGAUGUUAGAUAUAUAUGAUUUACUGUUGCCUGAUCAGUGCUCUUUGUUGGAUGUAAUCACAAAACUCAACUUUUUUUCAGUUCAUUUUUUUCAGUAAGCCCUGUAACAGUUCCAUAAACCUUGGAAAUCUGAAAUUGGGCUGUGAAACAAAUCUACAGAAGAGUCAUCCAUAUGUAGCACAUUUUUCUGUUGCUAAUUUUGUGGUGUUGCUGUACUUCUGUAACCACCACAACACAUGUAACUGCAUGGGGCAAAUAGUUAUGGUGGAACUGUGGAUGCUGUCCUUUCUACUGCAAGCAAUGGAAAUUGAUCGAGGCUUUUUUUUUUUUUUUUCAUUCACCUGACUACAAUUUUAAUUUGGGGAAAAUGCAGCAACCUUAGAUUUCAUUUGACUUUUUUUUUUUUUAACCCCGCUUGUUCCAUGUGACCUAUUAAAUAAUUUCUGAUCUUAGUGGUUUUAGUAAUUUUCCCCUGUAAUGCAAAAAAAGUGAAUGUAAUCUGACCACACUGUGCUUAACGUGAUCACUCAGUGUCCUUAAGUUACAGGUGCAUCAUUUCUGCACAUUUUGUAUCACUUCAUGAGGGGGGCGGUGUCUUUUUUCCACCUUUUAAAUAUAUCGCAUAUCAAUGCUUUUAGGUCAUUUUUUUCCAUUAAAAUAUUUAUAUCCAGUACCGUUUUUGCACUGUUUGGUGCACACAGGAGUUAAAUGAAUCGAUGAUCCUGACGUUCACUGUGAACAACUCAUGCAACCGAGAGAUCAUUAAAUAUGAAGUGCUCCAAGA